UAAAAAGGAAAACACAGAUGGGCGUGAGACCACAAUCCGGCCAUCGAAAUCCGAACUCUUAUCCCGCGUUGUCAGAAGCAAGCAAAAGCGAAAUUACAAGGCAUCCAGGGUGACUUCUCCCACCAUUGCCAUGCGUGCAACUCCGCUUCCAUCUUCGUUCCUUAUCCUUCAACCGCGCUUCAAUUUAUACUUGAGACCACUCUUUAAUUCCCUCAGCUAUCAACUGCCAUCUCUGUCCCUUAAAUUCGAUUGCACUCGUAAGUUCUCCAUCCGCCGGCCUCCAUUUUUGUCGAAUACCAGAUUACACUCUGCCUUGUCACAAGCGACACUAGCCGAGUCUCCGAGCAAUAAUGCGAGUGGCGGUGAUAGGUCAGGUGCGUUAUCUCCGGGUCCACUCACUGGAGAGGUGCAGAAAAUAGACGUAAAUCCUCCCAAGGGGACGCGGGAUUUCCCGCCAGAAGAUAUGCGCCUGCGCACCUGGCUUUUCAACAAUUUCAAAGAGGUUUCACGGCUGUAUGGGUUCGAGGAGGUUGAUUUUCCGGUGCUCGAGUCAGAGUCAUUGUUCACUAGGAAGGCGGGGGAGGAGAUCAAAGACCAGCUUUAUUGUUUUGAAGAUCGGGGUAAUCGUCGUGUUGCAUUGAGGCCAGAAUUAACUCCUUCAUUGGCAAGGCUGGUAAUACAGAAAGGAAAAUCUGUGUCCCUCCCACUGAAGUGGUUUACUGUGGGACAAUGUUGGCGGUAUGUGACAAGGGGUCGUCGUCGCGAGCACUACCAGUGGAAUAUGGACAUUAUUGGUGUUCCUGAGGUUAUGGCUGAAGCAGAACUCAUAUCUUCCAUUGUCACUCUGUUCAAGCGAAUUGGGAUCACGGAAUCAGAUGUUGGAUUUAAGGUUUCCAGCCGAAAGGUUCUACAAGAAGUAUUGAAGUAUUACUCCAUUCCUGAAAAUUUGUUUGGCAAGGUUUGCGUCAUCAUAGACAAAAUAGAGAAAAUUCCAUUGGAUGAAAUAAAGAAAGAGUUGAAGGCUUCAGGUGUGUCGCAAGAGGCUGUUGAAGAGCUAUUGCAAGUACUUUCCAUAAAGUCAUUGACAGAGUUGGAAGAGAGACUUGGAAGCACUGGAGAAGCAGUUGCUGAUCUGAAACAGCUGUUUGCACUUGCUGAAAAGUUUGGUUACUCUGAAUGGCUUCAAUUUGACGCAUCAGUUGUUCGUGGCCUUGCUUAUUACACUGGCGUUGUGUUUGAGGGCUUUGACCGAGAAGGAAAGCUACGAGCUAUUUGUGGUGGGGGCAGAUAUGACCGGUUAUUCUCAACUUUCGGCGCUGAUGACAUUCCUGCUUGUGGCUUUGGGUUUGGUGAUGCAGUCAUAGUGGAAUUGCUUAGAGAGAAGGGUCUUCUACCUGACCUCAGCUUGCAAAUAGAGAACAUCGUGUGUGCCCUGGACGUUGAUCUUCAAGGAGCUGCUGCUACUGUUGCUAGGAUUCUUAGGGAUAAAGGGCAGAGCGUUGACUUGGUUUUGGAGAAUAAGCCACUUAAAUGGGUUUUCAAGCGAGCAAGCCGAAUAAAUGCUCAGCGGCUGAUAUUAGUGGGGAGUUCUGAGUGGCAAAGGGGUAUGGUUGGCGUAAAAAUUCUCUCUACAGGUGAACAGAACGAGGUUAAACUUGAUGAUCUAAAUUAAUUAUAAUUCGAAGACUCAAGUGUAACCUUUGUUGUAACUUUAUUCAUUUGACUUUAUUUUUCCCACUA